CCUGUCAGAUCCCAGCUCUGUCCUUUCCCCAUCCUCCCCCGCACCCAACUGAGGACAACCCGCCCUUGGCUGGGCUGGUCGCUGCGUUCCGGAGGGACACCUCCAUUUACCCAGCAGCUCUCAGGACGCAGCGCUGCUCAGCACAGAAGCAGCACAGAUGUUGGCUUCCGCCCCCACUCUGCCCCGCAGGCGACCAAAUUCGGGGCAGUUUCACCCGGGAUCCCAAUUCUGCCCUGUCAGCAGUGCUUCCAUUCCACCCAACCCAAUGUAGGGCAGCCCUCAGGUCCGACCCACUCCUCCCACACUGCAGACCUUCAUCCCCCUCAGGGCCAGCUGUCAGGGUUGAGGAUUCCCGCAGUGUUUUCCUAUCCCGCUCUCCUCUUCCAGGCCAUCCGUGCCAUCAAUGGUGGCGACCACGAGACGAGCGCAGAGGAGUUCACCAACCGCGUCUUCAACAAAAUCGAUGUGAACGGGGACGGGGAACUUUCCCUGGAUGAAUUUGUGGAGGGAGCGAGGAAGGACGACGAGUUCAUGGAGGUGAUGAUGAAGAGUUUGGAUCUGUCUCACAUCGUGGCCAUGAUCAACAACCGCCGGCACAGCGUGUAAAUGGGGCUGGGGAGAGCGAGCCAGGAAGGACAAACAGACAAAAUCCCGUACAUGUAAGGAUGGAAAUGAGAACGGAAAGGAACUGCCAUAGAUCUGUGGGCGUCAGAGAGCACAUUGCUGCAUGAACAUGGGAACUGUGCAUGCAGGGCAGGCUCGGAACAACGGGGGCUGUGCAGCACUGUCCGGGGAUUUCCUACAGCCCAAAGGCCAACGGCUCAGCACCCCGACUGCGUCCCACAGCCCGCAUCCAUUGCUCUGUGCUGCACUCAGGGCAAUGCCAGAGUCGCAACGAGCACUGUGAGAACGCAGCAUGGAGAAAUCUCUGAUGUGCACAGAAAGAUCCCAGCGAUCACCAACAUGAAGGGCAUCGCCACCCCGCUCCACCACUGCACCACCAGCACCUCUGCAGCGCUCACACUGCGUCCGGAGCUCGGCAGCUUUGCAGCUCCAUCUGUAGGAACCCAUGGGCAGAGGGGAACACCCACUGUGGGGCUGAUAGGACACUCCUGUCAUAGCUGCUGAUAAUGAGGGUUGGUGCCAGGGAUGGGCACAGCGCGGUGCUGUGGUGCUCUGAUGAUGGUGCUGUGAUGGUGCUGUGACAGGGCUAUGAUGGUGAUGGUGCUGAGAUGGUGCUGCUACGGUGCUGUGAUGGUGCUGCAGUGCUGCUGAUGGUGCUGCAGCCAUGCUGUGACGGUCCUGCAGUGCUGCAGUCACCUGAAAUCCAGGAAGAAAACGCCGUAACCCCAAUGCAGUGUCAGAAAGUGGAAUUCCUUCAUUCCUCACCACAGUACCGGGCGAGGUAACAAGUGCACGCUCUCAGAGUUCAGGCUCUGCAUUGGAGAAGCUGAGCCACGCACACGCGGUGCAUCGGCAUCCACGUUCAUUCCUGACCAAUAACUCGGUUCCAAUAAGAACGCUGCUCACACACCGAGGAAAGAUGAACCGGGAAGUUGUAGAAAUCGCGCUCACGGAUUCCUUGCGCUAAGCCGCUCCUUAUCCUCGUACCCGGCCCCGCAGCGCACGGGAGGGACGGAGCGAGAGAAGGCGGCGGGCGGGGCGAUGCAGAAUGGGCGGAGUCAUUGAGGGGGCGGAGCCUCUGGAGCAGCGCACCAAUGGGAGGGAGGGACGGGCGGUGGGCGGGGCCGGCAGAGCGGCUCGUCAACGAGAGGAUGGAGGGGAGGUGGGCGGGGCCUGCGGGGCAGCGCUCCAAUGGGGCGGAGGAAUGCGUUGCGGGCGGUGCUUGAGCUUACAGGUGGGACUAUGCUAAUGAGAAUCGCGGGGGUCGCUGGGAGCACCUUCCACGCCGCAGAAAACCUGACGAGGUCCUGACAACGGGCGGAGCAGGAGCGAAGGAGAGCGGUGCGGGGUGGGGAGCGGGGCUGGAGCGGCGACGGAGGGGUCGUUGCGGGCGGCGCGUGCGCGUGCGUGAGAUGUCGGUGGGGCGCGCGGGGCCGGGCGUCGUGCGGGGAGGGUUUUGGGCAUCGCUUCUCGGCCUUUUGGCUAAGAUCAAGUGUAGUAUCUGUUCUUAUCAGUUUAAUAUCUGAUACGUCCUCGAUGAGAGGACUUUAUAUUAAACGGAUUUUUGGGCGCGGGAGUUGGACCCGGAGCUUGCUCCCUCCGCUCCGCGCAUCGUCCCGGUAUGGCAGUACCUCCGGGCACGGUGCACCUCCCCGGGAGGGGAGGAGUGU